AUGCGUUUUCGACUCCAUUCAAACAACUUGUACUGCGACUGCCACCUGGCCUGGCUUUCGGACUGGCUUCGCCAAAGGCCUCGGGUGGGCUUGUACACUCAGUGUAUGGGCCCAUCCCACCUGAGGGGACAUAAUGUGGCAGAGGUUCAAAAACGAGAGUUUGUCUGCAGUGGUCACCAGUCAUUCAUGGCUCCCUCUUGCAGUGUUCUGCACUGCCCUGCUGCCUGUACCUGUAGCAACAAUAUUGUAGACUGCCGAGGGAAAGGUCUCACCGAGAUCCCCACAAAUCUUCCUGAGACCAUCACGGAAAUACGAUUGGAACAGAACUCCAUCAGGGUCAUCCCUCCUGGAGCUUUCUCACCAUAUAAAAAGCUCAGAAGAAUUGACCUAAGCAAUAAUCAGAUCUCUGAGCUUGCCCCAGAUGCCUUUCAAGGACUGCGCUCUCUGAAUUCACUUGUCUUGUAUGGAAACAAAAUCACAGAACUCCCAAAAAGUUUAUUUGAAGGACUAUUUUCCUUACAACUACUAUUAUUGAAUGCCAACAAGAUAAAUUGCCUUCGGGUAGAUGCUUUUCAGGACCUGCACAACUUGAACCUACUCUCCUUAUAUGACAACAAGCUUCAGACUGUUGCCAAGGGCACCUUCUCAGCUCUCAGAGCCAUCCAAACUAUGCAUUUGGCCCAGAACCCUUUCAUUUGUGACUGCCAUCUCAAGUGGCUAGCGGAUUAUCUCCACACCAACCCAAUUGAGACCAGCGGUGCCCGUUGCACCAGCCCCCGCCGCCUGGCUAACAAAAGAAUUGGACAGAUCAAAAGCAAGAAAUUCCGUUGUUCAGCUAAAGAACAGUAUUUCAUUCCAGGCACAGAAGAUUAUCGAUCAAAAUUAAGUGGAGACUGCUUUGCAGACUUGGCUUGUCCUGAAAAGUGUCGCUGUGAAGGGACCACUGUAGAUUGCUCCAAUCAAAAACUCAACAAAAUCCCAGACCAUAUUCCCCAGUACACAGCAGAGCUGCGUCUCAAUAAUAAUGAAUUCACAGUGUUAGAAGCCACAGGAAUAUUUAAGAAACUUCCUCAGUUACGUAAAAUCAACUUUAGCAACAAUAAGAUCACCGAUAUCGAGGAGGGAGCAUUUGAAGGUGCAUCUGGUGUGAAUGAACUUCUUCUCACCAGUAAUCGUUUGGAAAAUGUUCAGCAUAAGAUGUUCAAAGGAUUGGAAAGCCUCAAAACAUUGAUGCUGAGAAGUAAUCGAAUAAGCUGUGUUGGGAACGACAGUUUCAUAGGACUCGGCUCUGUGCGUCUGCUUUCCUUAUAUGACAAUCAAAUUACUACAAUUGCACCAGGGGCAUUUGAUACUCUCCAUUCCUUAUCUACACUAAACCUCUUGGCCAAUCCUUUCAACUGUAACUGUCACCUGGCAUGGCUGGGAGAAUGGCUCAGAAAGAAAAGAAUUGUAACAGGAAAUCCUCGAUGCCAAAAGCCCUACUUCCUCAAGGAAAUCCCCAUCCAGGAUGUAGCCAUUCAGGACUUCACCUGUGAUGAUGGGAAUGAUGACAACAGUUGCUCUCCACUCUCUCGUUGUCCUUCGGAAUGUACUUGCCUAGAUACAGUCGUCCGAUGUAGCAACAAGGGCUUGAAGUUCUUGCCGAAAGGUAUUCCAAGAGAUGUCACAGAGCUGUAUCUGGAUGGGAACCAGUUUACACUGGUCCCCAAGGAACUCUCCAACUACAAACAUUUAACACUUAUAGACUUAAGUAACAACCGAAUAAGCACCCUUUCCAAUCAAAGCUUCAGCAACAUGACCCAGCUUCUCACCUUAAUUCUCAGUUACAACCGUCUGAGAUGUAUCCCGCCACGGACCUUUGAUGGAUUGAAGUCUCUUCGGUUACUGUCUCUACAUGGAAAUGACAUUUCUGUUGUGCCAGAAGGUGCCUUCAAUGACCUUUCAGCCUUAUCUCACUUAGCGAUUGGAGCCAACCCUCUUUACUGUGAUUGUAACAUGCAGUGGUUAUCCGACUGGGUGAAGUCGGAAUAUAAGGAGCCUGGAAUUGCUCGCUGUGCUGGGCCUGGAGAAAUGGCAGAUAAAUUGUUACUCACAACUCCCUCCAAAAAAUUCACAUGUCAAGGUCCCGUGGAUGUUACUAUUCAAGCCAAAUGUAACCCCUGUUUAUCAAAUCCAUGUAAAAAUGAUGGCACCUGUAAUAAUGACCCAGUUGAUUUUUAUCGAUGCACUUGUCCAUAUGGUUUCAAGGGGCAGGACUGUGAUGUUCCCAUCCAUGCCUGUAUCAGUAACCCAUGUAAACAUGGAGGAACUUGCCAUUUAAAAGAAGGAGAGAGUGAUGGAUUCUGGUGCAGUUGUGCUGAUGGGUUUGAAGGAGAAAACUGUGAAGUUAAUAUUGAUGAUUGUGAAGAUAAUGACUGUGAAAAUAAUUCUACAUGUGUUGAUGGAAUUAACAACUACACAUGCCUUUGCCCACCAGAAUACACAGGUGAGCUGUGUGAGGAAAAGCUGGACUUCUGUGCCCAGGACCUGAAUCCCUGCCAGCAUGACUCCAAGUGCAUCCUGACUCCAAAGGGAUUCAAGUGUGACUGCACUCCAGGAUACAUUGGUGAGCACUGUGACAUUGACUUUGAUGAUUGCCAAGAUAACAAGUGCAAAAAUGGCGCUCACUGCACUGACGCAGUGAAUGGUUACACGUGCAUCUGUCCUGAAGGCUACAGUGGCUUGUUCUGUGAGUUUUCUCCACCCAUGGUCCUCCCUCGAACCAGCCCCUGUGAUAAUUUUGAUUGUCAGAACGGAGCCCAGUGCAUCAUCAGGACCAAUGAACCGAUAUGCCAGUGUUUGCCUGGCUACCUGGGAGAGAAGUGUGAAAAGUUGGUCAGUGUGAAUUUUGUAAACAAACAGUCCUACCUGCAGAUUCCUUCAGCCAAGGUUCGGCCUCAGACAAACAUUUCACUUCAGAUUGCCACAGAUGAAGACAGCGGCAUCCUCCUGUAUAAGGGUGACAAAGACCACAUUGCUGUGGAACUCUAUCGAGGGCGAGUUCGAGCCAGCUAUGACACCGGUUCUCACCCGGCUUCGGCCAUUUACAGUGUGGAGACAAUCAAUGAUGGAAAUUUCCACAUUGUGGAGCUACUGACCCUGGAUUCGAGCCUUUCCCUCUCCGUGGAUGGAGGAAGCCCUAAAAUCAUCACCAACUUGUCAAAACAAUCUACUCUGAAUUUUGACUCCCCACUUUAUGUAGGAGGCAUGCCUGGGAAGAAUAACGUGGCAUCGUUGCGCCAGGCCCCUGGGCAGAACGGCACCAGCUUCCAUGGCUGUAUCCGAAACCUUUACAUCAACAGUGAGCUGCAGGACUUCCGGAAAGUGCCCAUGCAAACCGGCAUUCUGCCUGGUUGUGAACCAUGCCACAAGAAAGUAUGUGCUCAUGGCACAUGCCAGCCCAGCAGCCAGUCAGGCUUCACCUGUGAAUGUGAGGAAGGGUGGAUGGGACCCCUCUGUGACCAGCGAACCAAUGACCCCUGCCUUGGAAACAAAUGUGUACAUGGCACCUGCUUGCCCAUCAAUGCCUUCUCCUACAGCUGUAAGUGCCUGGAAGGCCACGGGGGUGUCCUUUGUGAUGAAGAGGAAGAUCUGUUUAACCCUUGCCAGAUGAUAAAGUGCAAGCAUGGAAAGUGCAGGCUCUCUGGACUGGGGCAGCCCUACUGUGAAUGCAGCAGUGGAUACACCGGGGACAGCUGUGACAGAGAAAUUUCUUGUCGAGGGGAACGGAUCCGAGAUUAUUACCAAAAGCAGCAGGGUUAUGCUGCCUGUCAAACAACAAAGAAAGUAUCUCGCUUGGAAUGUAGAGGUGGGUGUGCUGGUGGGCAAUGCUGUGGACCUCUGAGGAGCAAGAGGCGGAAAUACUCCUUCGAGUGCACAGACGGAUCCUCAUUUGUGGACGAGGUGGAGAAGGUGGUGAAGUGCGGCUGCACGAGAUGUGCCUCCUAACUGCGUUUCUAGCAGCUUCCAUCUUCGGCGAAGGUUGUAUGCUUCUUGACCAUGUUGGACUAAUUCAUGCUUCAUAGUGGAAAUAUUUGAAAUAUAUUGUAAAAUACAGAACAGACUUAUUUUUAUUAUGAUAAUAAAGACUUGUCUGCCUUUGGGAAAAAAAUAAAA